GCUUCAGUAGAAGUCUCCAGUGCACUCUCUUCUCUGCAAACUUAUGAACCUGGCUGCACGACUGCCCACAAGCUUUCAUUUCUUCCUCACAAGAUGUCCUUCGUGUCACUCUUGCCUCGGAUGCCCAACUUGUUGUUUCGCAUGCGGAUUCCCCUUGAGGGCUUGGCACGUGACGGCCCCGAAUGGUCUUCUCAGUGUAUGCUCAAUCCAUCUCCACCUUCUUCUACAUAUUUGUUGGGCGAUGGGUUCUUGGUUGGUUUGUUGCCAGGCCAGAGUUUCCCCUUGCUUAUUCUUUCUCGCCUUCUCAUCUGAUCGAGCGUGGGCAGCUGUUGAUGAAUGUCUGUAGUUUGUUGGAAAUGCUUUUCGUAACGCGCCAAGUCUCUCAACCAUCACAAAGAAGCAUUGACUUGACAUUAGUGUUGGAAAUCCGGAUCUUGUUCCGCAUGCUGUGUGCGGAAGAUCUCCACACUGAUUUCAGGUUAAUGAACGCCUGUUUCCCUUUUCCGAUCCUGACUGGAUUUGACAUCCUCGUCUAUGUCGCCUCCUGUAGUUGAAACGAUGCUGCCUAGGUAGGUGGAAGAGACAACUUCCUUUAGAUUUCUCCUUCUGAUGGUGAUUGAUGCUUUUUGCUGUUGUUGGUUGGGUAUCUUCAUCAACUCUGUC